AAACAACAUUAUUUUUAUUAUCGUUGUUUCAGUGAGACACAUUUUUAUUUUUCACUGGAAGUAAACGAGAGUAUUUAAAUUCUGGAUUUCCGUAGACUGCAGGGUUUUAAUGGAAAAUUCAGUCCAGAAGGCCUUGUUUUAGACUCAUAAUUCCAGGAGAAACGAAAUGACUGACCAUAGAGACUCUAAAUUCCUCUGGCAGUCGAACCAUCCACGAUGGCAUGCAAAACCUUACACAGAAUUGAGAAAAAAACUGAACAAAUCAGAUCAACAUGACAGAGAGGACCCACCCACUAGGACAUGUGCAUCCACAUCUUCAACCUGUGUGUUGUGUAGACAUUGUUGGAGGGGGAGUUGGUUUUUCCUGCCUCUGCUCAUUUGCUGUUAUUUGCCCUGUGAGGUUUGGGGUGCCACUUUCAAAAUUGCCCUGGUGGGACCCUGGACAUGUGACCCCAUGUACUCCAAAGCCCUGCCUGACCUGGCAGCUCGGUUGGCUAUGGCCCGCAUCAAUAAAGACCCCUUCCUCAGUAAAGGAUACUGGUAUGAUUACACGUUGAUCAAUGAGGACUGCCACACUUCCAGGGCUUUGGCCCGCUUCAUUGAGUUGGAAGGGUAUGGCUCUGUUUUCCUUGGGCCAGCCAACCCUGGAUACUGCACCUCUGCUGCUCUUCUGGUGAAAAACUGGAAUGCGGGUCUCUUGUCCUGGGCAUGCCUGAAAGCCAACAUGAAUGACGGACCAUACCCAACAUUCCUGCGACCUCUGCCACUUUCAUCCCGGGUGCUGUUUGCUAUGCUGCGCUUCUUUCGCUGGGCACAUGUAGCCAUUGUGUCAGAGGAAAAUGACAUAUGGGAGGCAACUGGACAGGAGCUUGCUGCCUCAUUGCGUACCCUUGGCCUACCCAUCAGCACUGUGGUUUCCAUUGAGAUGGAGGAAGGCGGACCACGGAAAGCCCUGGAGAAAAUUCGAGAGGCAGAUCGUGUAAGAGUGAUUAUUAUGUGCAUGCACUCUGUUCUUAUGGGUGGAGAAGCUCAAUACAAAUUACUGACAACGGCAAUGAGCAUGCGCAUGAUAGAUCGUGGAUACAUCUUCAUCCCUUAUGAUACCCUAUUGUAUGCACUGCCAUAUAAAAAUACAACCUAUUCAGUACUCGCCAAUGACACCAAACUGCGGCGGGCGUAUGAUGGAGUCCUCACAAUCACUAUGGACCAAGGAGAGCUGAACUUCUAUGAAGCCUUCAAAGAAGCCCAGGAUAGCUACGAGAUCCGCAGCAGUGCUGUGCCCGAACAAGUCUCUCCAUUCUUUGGCACCAUUUACAACAUGCUGUAUUACACGGCCAUGGCGACAGAGACGAGUAGGUUGGCUGGAGAAGGCCGACGGGUAACAGGUGAGGCUCUGGCCCAGAACAUGGGAGGCUUCGAGUUCAGUGGCUUCAAUCAACCCAUCUCGGCAGGCACCAAUGGCGAGGGUAUGCAAGCACGCUAUGUGGUGCUGGACACAGAUGGCACUGGUUUCACCCUCCAGCGGACCCAUGUCCUGGAGGCGCCGCACACAUAUGGGAAAUUUGGUGCACUCAAGUACAUGGGGAAGUCCAUCCACUUUGCUGGUGCCUCCCCCAGCACUGACCCCAACUGUUGGUUCAGCAGCUACGUGGCCUGCAGUGGUGGAAUGGAUGGAGUGACCUUCUUUUUCCUUUGCCUCCUUUUCUGUGCUUUAUUUGCUGCCGGUGUUUUCCUGUACCACAUGAAGAUGACGGGACAGCUGGGUGUGUUGGGAGGGUUUGGAGGGGGAGGAAUUUCAACCCCCUCUAAGAUAGUGCUUACACUGGAUGACCUGGUCUUUAUUAACACUCAACUAAGCAAGAGGAGGCUAAAUGAAGAGAGUACAGUGAAAAAUCAGUUAGAUGACAAAACCCCCCGUCAGUCUGUCUCGGGACGAAGUUACUUCACAUCCACUCCCGAAAUUUCGAAUGUGGCUGUUUUUGAGGGUGACUGGGUAUGGUUAAAGAAAUGUCAUACUGUCACAGAGAUCACCGACAGCACACAAGCCAUCUUCAUCAAGCUGAGGGAUAUGCGUCAGGAGAACCUAAACCUGUUCCUGGGCCUGUUCCUGGACUCGGGGAUAUUCGGCAUUGUGACUGAACACUGCACAAGAGGCAGUCUGGAGGACUUACUUAACAAUGAAGAAAUGAGACUCGACUGGAUGUUCAAAUCAUCUCUGCUUAUGGAUCUGAUCAGGGGAAUGAAGUAUCUGCAUAAUCGGGGUAUUGUUCAUGCGCGCCUGAAGUCUCGAAACUGUGUUGUGGAUGGCCGGUUUGUUCUAAAGGUGACAGAUUAUGGUUUAAACAAGAUCAUGAGCUCCUUAAACAUCAUGCAGGAAGACGACAAACCAGAGGAUCAGUUGUGGACAGCCCCAGAGCUCUUAAGGAGUUUGACGCUGAUGAAUGAGGGAACAUUUAAGGGUGAUGUCUACAGCUUUGCCAUCAUCAUGCAGGAGGUCAUCUCUCGCUCUGCUCCCUUCUGCAUGCUGGACAUGCCGGCAAAAGAGAUCGUAGAUAAGAUACGCAAUCCUUCUCCACUCUGCCGACCCUCCGUAUCAAUGGACGAGGCUCCACUGGAAGUUAUUCAGAUCAUGAAGCAGGCCUGGAAUGAAGAUCCACAGCUGAGACCCUCAUUCGAGGAGAUCUUCAAACAGUUUAAGACCAUCAGUAAAGGAAAAAAGACUAACAUCAUCGACUCCAUGCUGCGAAUGCUGGAGCAAUACUCCACCAAUCUGGAGGACUUGAUCCGCGAGAGAACGGAGGAGCUGGAAGUGGAGAGACAGAAAACGGAUGCCCUUGUGGCCCAGAUGCUGCCCAAGUCUGUUGCUCUGGCUUUGAAGAAAGGGAAGCCAGUGACACCAGAGCAUUUUGCAGAGGCAACGUUGUACUUUAGCGACAUUGUGGGAUUCACCACCAUCUCAGCCCUGAGCGAGCCCAUCGAGGUGGUGGACCUACUAAAUGACCUCUAUACCCUUUUCGACUCUAUCAUUGGCAUGCACGAUGUCUACAAGGUCGAGACAAUCGGUGACGCGUACAUGGUGGCAUCGGGAGUUCCGACCCGCAACGGCAACCGGCACGCGGCUGAGAUGGCCAACAUGUCUCUGGACAUCCUGUCCUGUAUUGGCACGUUCCAAUUGAGACACAUGCCCAGCGUCAAAGUAAAAAUCCGCAUUGGACUCCACUCUGGUCCGGUUGUAGCUGGUGUGGUGGGGUUGACAAUGCCCAGGUAUUGCCUGUUCGGGGACACCGUCAACACAGCGUCUCGAAUGGAAUCCACAGGGUUGCCUUACAGAAUACAUGUCAACCAGAGCACAGUCGACAUCCUGAGAGAGCUCAACCUCGGAUACCAGCUGAGUUCCAGGGGAAAAACAGAACUUAAGGGAAAAGGAGUCGAGGAGACAUUUUGGUUAGUUGGAAAGGACGGAUUCACCAAGCCCCUGCCUAUUCCACCAGAUCUCACUCCAGGGGCGAGUAACCAUGGCAUCAGCUUGGAGGAGAUUCCUGUGGACAGAAGACAACGCUUUCUGGACCGACAAAAGAAGAUGGGUUAAAGAAAGAGGUUUAGGCAGUGAUGCUUAUCUUCCCCCCGCCAGCUGCACACGGACCUCUGGCACUCAGGAACGGAUUCAGGCAUAAUUCAGGAUUGGGUGGGACGAAAGAAGAUGCCCUUAUUUCCUCAUACCCCUACUACUCUCUGAUGCUCCCAAAACAUACUUUCAGAGAUGUUUUUCCCCCCCAAGGAUAUUAUACUGCUUCAGCCUCUCCAUAUGACCCACUGCCAUUCUGCCACAGAUUAAACCAGAAUGUAGCCAAUACACUAACUAAUGCCUGUUUAGAUGUGUAUCUAAAAAAAAUAAAGCUUUGUAGUUGUAGUCGGUGUUUAAAUCAGAUUUCUAUUGAAGAUAAUUACGAAUUGACAAAAGGACAAAGAAAUUGAUUAAAAGAUUACGUAUGAUGUAUGAUUAUGAUUUGUGGAUGUUUUUACAUUUCAUUUUGUAAAAAAGUGGAGGAAACUAAAAAAAGAGUCUUUUUUAACGAGUAUUUACGUUAUUUGCUUAGAAUAUUACAAGUUAGAGCAGUAUAACUGAGAGAGAUAAGAGUGUGUCACAUUUUAACUAAAUUUCUACACUUUGUGUUCAUUUUGGAAAAACUGUUUUAAUUUCCGAAUUUCAACCAACGUUACGGGUGGCCAAGAUUACACAAUAAGAUAUCAAAUUCUGUAGCCGAAAGAACAGGAUAAAACUCUCUCAACCUUUUCAGAUGCUUUAUAAAGCUUUUUAUAGCUUGCUGUAUAAUAUCAAUUAAAAAAAUUCUUGCCCCAAAGUUAAUAUAAUCAAAACGUUCAGCCUAACAGGAAAUCCUGUUAUCACACACACUUACGACGUUUUUAUCAUCCGACCAUGUGUACAUGUAUUGUGACGUGCAAUCCCGUUUUCUUAUCAUGACAAAGCCUGAAUGUCUUGUUCAUCACCUCCACGAUGAUGCACAACAUUCAAGCUGAUAUAUGGAGCUCAGGGAAACUUUGCCAAGGGUUCUUGGAUGUUGUUAUUCCUCCAGGUGCAGUUUUGCUGGACUGCAGGAUCACCUGCCACGUCUUUGUGUGCUGAGCUUAACUGUUUGUUCAGGUUCUGAAGUAGGCCAUGUUUUCUACUGCAGGGUUCUGUCACUGUAGAAUGUACAGUAGUUAAUGUCAGCCUGUGAAUCUGAGAUAUCGCUAUGUAAAUAAAAUUGGUCUUAGCAAGCAUGGUCUUAGUGAGCAUCUUGAGCUUUUUUUGUAAA